AUGGCCACACUUCUUGCUGCUACAAUUUAUUUCAAAGCAGCAGAGAAUGACAAUGAAAACAAACGUACUCUGAUAGAUAUUGGAAAACAAUUUGAUGGACAUUCAAAAAAUCUCAUUGAUGAAUGUUUCGUCCAAGACAAAAGUCUUGCUAUCAACGUACUUGAAUGCAAAGCUCCAGCAUUGUUUCACUGCAUGCCGUUGGACGUAGCGCGACGUACCGACUGCAGGGGUUUUCUUGCCAGUAAUACUGUUCAAGCAUUUGUCGUUCAAAAGUGGAUAUUCAUGGCACUCGAUCUGAUUCUUUGGUCUUUUCGAUUACUUCAUCUUUUUACUGCUUAUGAAAUCUUGGGUCCUAAAUUAGUCAUGAUUUAUAAAAUGAUGAAAGAUGCCGUUCUGAUCUUCGCGUUUUUCAUUCUUAUUCUUCUCUUCGCAUUUUCGGUUACGUGUUGGUCUCUUCUAACAACUAACAAUCAAGUUAAUUGGGCAUAUGCCGAAGAUGGUUCGUUAUUCAAUGUUACUGUAGUGAAUGGUGGCAGUGAUCUAUGGACGUGGCAAUUGUUGCGAGAUGUUUCCAAUUGGGGUAUUUUGAAAGUAUUCGGACAAACUGACGAACCAUAUAACGGUGCUGUUAGCGGUAAUGAUGUUUAUGGUACAUUUGUUUACUUACUUGCAAUUGCCUUCGUAUUCAUAUCAAGUAUACUUCUUGUGAAUGUUCUCAUUGCAAUGUUUAAGUAA